UUUUCCCCCGCCACCCAGCUCUCUUCGUCCCGGCUCCUGUCCCCCCUCCGGCCGCGAGGGGCCGCACUUGCGGAAAGCUGAGGCGGUCGUGGAAUCCUGGGGGCCAGCCCGGAAGCGGAAGCUUCUGCUUUUGCCUGAGAGAGGGGGCGGGGGGUACUGUCUGUGCCGUAGAACACCGGCGCGCGGGAGAGGGAGGGGGCGAUUUCCUUUCGGGUCAGGCGCGCCGGCGGGACAGCCGAAGCCGAUCCUGGUGUGCCCUCACCAAGAAGACCGGGCCAUGCCUACUGUUGCCAGCAGCUGGCUCCGCACCUGAGGUGCCUGCCCCAGUGCGGCCAUGGCAGCCGCCACCAUCGUGCAUGACACGUCGGAGGCAGUGGAGCUGUGCAGCACCCACGGGCUGUACCUGAAGCCCAUCACGAAGAUGACAAUCAGCGUGGCGCUGCCCCAGCUGAAGCAGCCGGGCAAGUCAAUCUCCAACUGGGAGGUGAUGGAGCGGCUGAAGGGCAUGGUGCAGGCCCACCAGUUUUCCACCUUGCGCAUCGCCAAGAGCACCAUGGAUUUCAUCCGCUUUGAGGGCGAGGUGGAGAACAAGAGCCUGGUAAAGUCUUUCCUGGCCUGCCUGGAUGGCAAGACCAUCAAGCUCAGUGGCUUCUCCGACAUCCUCAAAGUCCGAGCAGCCGAGUACAAGAUAGAUUUCCCCACCCGGCACGACUGGGACUCCUUCUUCCGCGAUGCCAAGGACAUGAAUGAGACGCUGCCAGGGGAGAGGCCGGACACCAUCCACCUGGAAGGCCUGCCCUGCAAGUGGUUUGCUGCCAAGGACUCAGGCUCGGAGAAGCCGAGUGAAGAUGUUCUGGUGAACGUGUUUGAGAAGUUUGGGGACAUCCGCAAUGUGGACAUCCCCAUGCUGGACCCCUACCGGGAAGAGAUGACCGGCAGGAACUUCCACACCUUUAGCUUCGGAGGCCACUUGAACUUUGAGGCUUACGUGCAAUACCGUGAGUACGCGGGUUUCAUCAAGGCCAUGAAUGCCCUCCGAGGGAUGAAACUGAUGUUCAAAGGAGAAGAUGGCAAAGCAGUGGCUUGUAACAUAAAGGUAUCUUUUGAUUCCACAAAACACUUGAGCGAUGCAUCAAUUAAGAAACGUCAGCUUGAGCGGCAAAAGCUUCAAGAGCUUGAAAAACAAAGAGAAGAACAAAAGCGUAAAGAAAAAGAAGCUGAGGAAAAACAAAAGGAGGAAGAAAGGAAACAAAAGGAACUCGAAGAAUAUGAGAGAGAGAGAAAACGUGAAGAAAAGUUACGCAAAAGAGAACAGAAACAAAAGGACCGUGAAGUGCGUAGAAACAAAAAGCAACUUGAAAAAAUGCAAGCAGAAGAACAGAAAAAACUUCAAGAAAAAAUAAAACUGGAAGAAAGGAAGCUUCUGCUAGCUCAGAGGAAUCUUCAGUCCAUUAGGGUAAUUGCAGAGCUACUGAGCAGAGCAAAGGCAGUAAAGCUUCUAGAGCAAGAACACAAUGAAGAAAAACUCCGUCUUCAACAGUUGGAGGAGAGGCGAAGACUGCAAGAGGCUGAACUUAGACGUGUAGAGGAAGAAAAAGAAAGAGCACUAGGACUCCAGAGGAAAGAAAAGGAACUAAGGCAGAAGCUAUUAAAUAAUCUACUGAGCAAAAAAAUGGAUGAGUUACAACAGAACAAGGAGGAAACAAAGGUAUCUCAGUCUGGCUUUUUGAAAACUGCAUUGGGUGGGGUUCCCCAAACUCUGUCAUCCAGCUGUAUAACAUCUACCUCGGGACAGUCUGUUGCAUGUAACCUAACUCAGGUCUGUCAGAGGGAAGUAGUAUCCCAUGAAAGUGUGAACUCUCAAUCCAAGUAUUUAAAUGGAAAUCUUCACAGUGAAGCUCUUGUCAGGGAAAGCAAAAAACUUAAUUUCAUUAAUACUGAAAGCUGUUCUGAUAAGAAAAGUUCAAGUGUACUUUCUUGUAUUCCUUCUAAUAACCAGCAACACAAGAGUAUACCAAGCCAAGACCAAAAUAUUUGCAGGAAGGGCCUGCACUGUGAACAAGGAAAGUGUAACAGAGAGCCAAGUAGGGGGAAUAUUGACACAAAAACAGAUGAUGGUAAGGACAAAAGAGAGAGGAGCAAAACCAGAAGAGACUUAAGUAAUCAGGAUGAAAAAUCCAGUAAAGAAAGAAGACUCCAUAAACACUCUAGUAAAAGUUACAGCCCUCACCGAAGAAGUAUAAGCCCAGAUCCUACCCGUUAUAAGAGGGCCUUCAGUAGUGAGAGUAAACGUGUUGAAGAGAGAAGUCACAGUCGCAAAAGCCUCAGCAAGAAACGAAGACACCGAAAGAGAUCACUGAGCAAACAAAGAAGUACUUGGAGCAGGUAGUAGAGGGUAUAGCCUUUUCUAAAGGCUGUUACAGGACAGAUUAGGACCAGAAAGUCCUAUGUGUGACUACUAUGGAAGGAAAAAAAUAAAAAACUUUCAGAUACUGGUGAAUAUCUAACUUGAAUUGUAGUUCAUGGAACCAAGAUACAGAUAACAUUUUGUUGGUGUUUCUUUGUGAUCUGUUGUCUUUUUUUUGUUUUUGUUUUUGUUUUUGUUUUGUUGUGUUUUGUUUUGUUUUGUUUUUUUUAAAUUACCACAAUAAUGAAGGUAUAACCACUUGCGCUUGAGUUUCAAUGGUUUUGAUAGUCAACCUAACUAUGUUUUCAUUCACUUCCAGUUUUCUAAAUCUUCUCAUUGGAUCACUUAGGUUUCAAAAUCUGCAUCACGUCUUCUGGUUUAAGAGAAAUAUGUAAGUGCCAGCUAUUAGGAAUUCCAGGUUUAGGAAGUUACUAUAUUCAAAAUAUUUGAUUAAACAUUUUCUUGUAAAUGUAAUGAAACCGGACAUAACAAAGCAAAACGUUUGCUAAUUGAGCCAGGGGCAAUAUUUUUGUAUACUUGCUAGAAGUAACCCUAAAGUUUUACAAAAUACCUUUUAAAUUUGUGCUGUAAUGCUUCCAUUUUUCAUUGAGAUUUGUAUACUUGCUGUAAAGCUGCAGGACCCGAAUGACUGUGGCAUGUAAUGCCAUUGAUAUAUUUCAAAGCUUCUUUCCAUUUCAAGUAGGUUCACUAUUACGCUUCUAGGAUACUAGGAAAUAGUAGUCAUUGGAAAAAUGGUCAGAAAGCUGUUUUCUUCUUUAAAGUGUUUAACUUCUUAAUUAUUCAGAGUAGUUUCAAACCAAUUAAAGACUUGUUUCAAGUAUAUAUGUGGUUAGAUGUUGUUUUUUUUCAAAAGGGGCCUUCUUGCUAAAUUAUUUUUACUUGCAAUGUUCAUAUUCAAGGCUGCAAUAUACCUUAUUAAAUAACUUUUUAUAAUAUUUUGCUUCUGCACAUGCAGCUCAGGUAUAUUAAAAAAAGUUGUAACUUUACAGUGAAAGAACAGGUUGGCUUGCAUUUUUAUGGUAAAAUUGAAGAAGCUAUUUCCAGUGAACCAGAAUUGCUGUUUUUAUAUGUCAGUAUAUUAAAAAUAUACAAAACUACUAUAUUAAA